UUGGCGUUGCUCGCUUCGCCCGCCAGCCUUUUAUAACCCUCGCCUCUCUGGCUCUCUCUCUCUCUAACCACUGCUAGCCACCUCGCCUCCGCGCCCCGUCGCGACCACUCGCGAAGUAAUUCCCGUCCCGCACACCUGACUACGCCGAGGCCCCGGCGUCGCCUCCGCCCGCCGGACGCGGAAGCCAUGGCGCCGGCGGUGGGGAUCAAGCGCCCGGCCGCGCAGACCAUCACGCUGCCGCCGCCGCCGUCGGUGCGCGACGCCCUGCGGUCCACGAUCCCGUCGCAGCCCGCAGAGGCGCCGCCGGCCGCGGAGAGGGCGCCCGCGGCGCCCGCGGCGGCGGCGGAGGGGUUCCUGUGCCUGGAGGAGGUGGACGGGAGGCGCUGGAGCUACGUGGUGGACCGCGGCGGGGCCGUCAAGGGGAGGGGCAGGGGCGGGGCAGCGGGCCCCGCGGGGGCCUCCGUCAGGGCCGUGCCGCUGCAGUCGCCGCUUCCGCCGGCCGAGGAAAUAAUGGCAUUCAUAAGAUCGUAUGUCGUACCUGAAGGGUUUCCAGACAGUGUUACACCUUCAUACGUCCCAUACAUGACCUGGAGGGCUUUGAAGCAUUUCUUUGGUGGAGCAAUGGGAGUAUUUACGACAAGAACCUUGCUGAGCUCUGUUGGAGUCUCUCAAAGCAAGGUUACACCAGGUGCCAUUGCUAUCAACUGGAUCCUCAAGGAUGGUGCUGGGCGUGUUGGUAAAAUGCUUUUUGCACGUCAAGGAAAGAAGUUUGACUACGACCUAAAGCAGCUGCGGUUUUCUAGUGAUCUCUUGCUGGAGAUAGGAGCUGGUAUCGAAUUAACUACUGCAGCAUUCCCUCAAUUUUUCCUGCCUAUGGCUUGCGUAGCAAAUGUUGUAAAGAACGUCGCUGCUGUUACAUCAACCUCAACACGCGCUCCAAUCUAUAAGGCCUAUGCAAGAGGAGAAAACAUUGGUGAUGUCACUGCUAAAGGCGAAUCUGUCGGGAACAUUGCAGAUCUGUUGGGUACUGGUCUGAGCAUCUUUAUCUCAAAAAGGAAUCCAUCGCUGGUGACUUCGUUUGCCUUUCUGUCCUGUGGAUACCUCCUGAGUUCAUAUCAAGAGGUAAGAUCUGUUGUGCUGAAUACCCUAAACAGGGCAAGGUUUACAGUUGCAGUGGAUUCCUUUAUUAAAACUGGUCACAUUCCCUCCUUGAAGGAAGGAAACUCACAGGAGACCAUAUUUAAUCCACCUUGGCGGCAUGAGCCAGUUGCAAUAGGUUCACGAUUUGGAGAAGCAUUUCAAGAGCCUGCUUCAUUUGUUGCCAUCAGACCUCUAUUUGAGGAUGAGAGAUACAUAGUAACAUAUAAUCCAACAAAGGAUAAAGUAUAUGCUUUGCUCAAGGACCAAGCGAAAUCAGACGACAUUAUCAAAGCUGCUUUCCAUGCUCAUGUGCUACUGCAUUUCAUAAAUGCAUCACAUGCACGGAGGCUGAAGCAGAAGCAGAGGCAGGCAAACCCGGACCGAUCAGACUAUGGAAGCCUGUACUCAAGAAACAUGGAUUUCCUGGCACACAUUGCUGAAUCUUGCAAAAUCGUUUCUUCAUCAUAUGGAACAUUCAAGAAGAAAGCGAGGGAACAGGGUUGGAUAAUGUCCGAAUCACUGCUCAACCCUGGAAAGGCUCGAUUGUGUGGGGCAAAACCACUAUGAGUCUACUGUCCUUCUGUUUAAUAUAUGCCCAACAAUAGGUGUGAAUCGGUGAAACCUUCAAUCGCAAUUCCCAAGCUACCAAAUUCCACGCGAUGUGAAGAAUGCCUGAAUGAAGAUGAAUAAAACAAUGCAGUGGAGAGGUGGUGAGCUGGUUUGCACGCAAGGGGUCAACGAGGGGGACUUGAAACUGCUAGCUGCACAGAUUAGGAGCUUGUAUUUAUGUUCGCUGUAUCAUAUAUGGUGUAGCCAUCCUGCUGUAACCUGUUUUGCGUUUUGGUCGGCUGCGGAGCUUCUUGUUUGAGUGUCCUUGGAGCUGUUUCUUUUAUUUUUUUUCUUCCUCUGCGGACUUGCGUACUCGAGAGCUGCUGAUCCUCUUCCUUCUAACUUAGCACCAUUUAGUAAAUUCCAGCUUUCUUCCUCUUCAUGCCGUCGACGACGGUUUCCAUCUUGUACAUACAUGCUCGGUAAUAACUUUAAAGCCUUUGCGUUUCUAUUUUCUGGGAA